CAAUCAUACAAUGUUAUGCACCUACAAAUAAUGCAGAGCAAGAGAAAAAGGAGGAUUUCUACAGACAACUUCAAUCAAAACUGCACAAGACCACAUCUCAGUUGGCGAUAUCAAAAUCCCAAUGGGUGGGGCGACAUGAAUGCCAAACUGGGAGGGGACAACACGGGAAGAGAACUAACCAUGGGUCGAGAGGCGCUAGGUGAAAUGAAUGAGAAUGGAGAAUUAUUUGCAGAAUUCUGUGCAUUCAACGAUUUGGUGAUUGGAGGCAGUGUGUUCAGGCACAAAGAUAUCCACAAAGCGACAUGGAUUUCACCAGAUGGACACACUAAAAAUCAAAUCGACUUUAUCUCAAUCUCAAGAAAAUGGAGACGCAGUCUACUUAACACAAGGUCAAGAAGAGGAGCAGAUGUAGCUUCAGACAACUCACUAUCUAGUGCAAGGAACCUUCGAAAUCAAGUUAAAAGCCUUCAAGGAAGCUGGUGAUAGACCUCAAUUCAAGUACAACACUCGGAAACUGAAGGAUGAAACUACAAAGGAGAUCUUCACGGCAGCCAUCAAGACAAAAUGGGAGAUAUCGUGGAACAUCCCUGAAGAAACCUGUGUGGAAGAACACUGGAAGUCUUUGAAAGAGAUGUGGAAAGAAACCUGCACAACAGUAUUAGGAAGGAAGAAGAAAGAAGACAAGGAAUGGAUCUCGAUGGAUACGUGGAAGCUGAUAGAGGAGAGGAGGAUGAUGAAGCAGAAGAUAAACCAGUGCAAGGAUGCUCAACGACAAGAGGAACUGAGCACGAUGUAUGAAACACUGAACAAAGAAGUAAAGAAGAGUGCACGCAAAGACAAAAGACACUUCUACGAAACACUGGCAAGUGAAGCAGAACAGGCUGCAGGUAAGAGAGACCUGACGACAUUGUAUCAAAUAACCAGGUUGCUAUCAGGGAAGAGACCAACACAGAUGAAACCAAUAAAAGAUGAAGAAGGAAAUUUAAUUACGAAAGAAGAGAAACAAAGGAAACGAUGGGCCGACCACUUCAAGAAGCUCUUGAAUCGACCACCACCUGCACUUCGUCCAGAAAUACCACCUGCAGCCGCUGAAUUACAAGUGAACAUAAAUCCCCCAACGAAAAUGGAAGUCCUGAACGCCAUAAAGCUACUGAAAUGUGGGAAAGCAGCAGGACCAGAUGGGAUACCGCCAGAAGCACUGAGAACAGAUGCAGAGACAACAGCAGACAUGCUCACACCACUAUUGCAGAAGGUGUGGAAGGAAGAGAAGGUACCUGACGAUUGGAAGAAGGGUUACCUUGUCAAACUGCCGAAGAAAGGAGACCUCAGUGUUUGCAAGAACUGGCGCGGAAUCACUCUCCUGUCCACCCCAAGUAAAAUAUUAAGCCGCAUCAUCCUGGAGAGGCUUAAAGAUGCACUGGAUUCAAAACUACGACCAGAACAGGCAGGCUUCAGGAAGUACAAAUCAUGUGCAGACCAAAUUGCAACGCUUCGCAUCAUCAUAGAACAGAGCAUAGAAUGGCAAUCAGCUCUCUACCUCAACUUCAUCGACUUUGAGAAGGCCUUUGACAGCGUCGACCGAGAAGUAAUUUGGAAACUGCUUCACUACUACGGAGUACCGCAAACCUUUAUCCACCUCAUCCAACAACUGUAUGAAGAUGCCACAUGCCAAGUAAUUCACAAUGGGAAGCUCAGUGAUGCUUUUGAAGUGAGGUGAAGACAGGAGUGAAACAAGGUUGCCUACUAUCCCCCAUGAUAUUCCUGAUUGUGGUGGACUGGAUCAUGCAGCAAACAGUGGGCAGCGAGAAGAGGGGGAUACGCUGGACGGCGGAAAAGAACCUAGAAGACUUGGAUUUCGCCGAUGACUUGUGCCUGAUGUCACAUAAACUUGAAGAUCUGCAGGCAAAAACUAACAAGUUGAUAGAAGAGGCAGCGAAGACGGGAAUUCAAGUGAAUAUAGAGAAGACAGAGGUGAUGAAGAUACCGCAACACCACCAUCAACAACAACAACAAACUCCAGUCACCAUCAACGGGAGAAACUUAAAGGAAGUAACCUCCUUCACUUAUCUAGGAAGCACUGUUUCAACUACAGGCGGGACGGACGAGGACGUCAAAGUCAGAAUCGGAAAAGCAAGACAGGCCUUCAUUAGCCUGAAACCAGUGUGGAGAUCUUCUGCACUCAGCAUGCGGAACAAGAUACGGAUUUUCAACACCAACGUCAAGUCAGUGCUCAUGUAUGGUUCAGAGACUUGGCGCGUCACGAAAGGCAUUUCCAAUAAACUACAGACAUUCAUCAACAACUGCUUACGCUCGCUACUGAAGAUCAGAUGGCCAGAAAGAAUAAGCAACAAGGAACUCUGGGAACGAACCAACCAAGAACCUAUCACGCAACAAAUAUGCAGGAAGAAGUGGAGAUGGAUUGGGCAUGCACUGAGAAGGCCGACUGGGGACAUCACGCGUCAGGCCCUCGAGUGGAAUCCCCAUGGGAAGCGACGAGUUGGACGCCGAGGAUGACAUGGAGGAGGUCGUGCGAAGAGGAAAUGAGAGCUUGUGGCCUGUCGUGGAACCAGGUUCAAAAGAUCUCAGAGAACAGGAUGAAAUGGAGACGUGCUACUGAAGCCCUAUGUUCCACUAGGAACCCAAGGGACUAAUAAUAAUAAUUAUAUAUAUAUAUAUAGAUUUAGAGAUAUAUAGAGAUAUAUAAUAUUCAAAGAC